AACUUCCCGCCGUUCAGUUCACGUUGACCCUGGGGCUCAAGACUCGAGGCUUCUAGACUACAGGAAGUUAAGAUCAGCCAGGGCGCAAAGCAUUGCUCUCGAAAAAUAUACACGAAUUCUGAACAAUUGUUGCUUGGCCUGCCGAAGAAAACCCCAAACCAAUACAAACCUACGUUUUCGCUUUGGCAGUUCGAAGACAGCUACCAUCUUCCGUACUUCCUCAACGACAACAGACACCCACUACAACCCCGCGCCUUGGGUAAACCCCUCGUCAACGCAUAUUUGCAUGAGAGAUACUCGGCCGCACACCAAGUUGACACCAUGAACGUGCUCAAGUUACAGAGGAAGUUCCCUCAGUUCGAGCAAGGCGACAUCUUCGGGCUUACUGAUGCUUUCCGGAAGCUCGAUGUCGACGACAAGGGAUACAUAGAAGAAGCAACUGCUAUCAAGGCAACCCAGCAAAGCGAACGUCAGCCCUACGAUGUUGUAAGACAGGCACUGAAGGAAGUUGAGCUUGACUCCUCGAGACGAGUCGAGCUCGAGGACUAUGUCGGGCUCAUCGCAAAACUCCGUCAAUCGUCGCCGGCACAACAGCGCAUGAACACAGGAGGCGCUGCCAAGGCCGCUGCUGCUCCAGCACCAGGUGUUGUAUCGCAGAGAACCGGCGGCGGCGGUCAUGCCUCCAAGGGCAGCGUGGGCAGGAUCCACGUCCAAGGGUCUAAUGCUAACACCACGCAUACCAUCAACGAGGACGAGCGAACCGAGUUUACCCGCCAUAUCAACGCCGUGCUGGCUGGCGAUCCCGACAUUGGCGCCCGUCUGCCAUUCCCUACCGACACUUUCGAGAUGUUCGACGAGUGUAAAGAUGGUCUCGUUCUUGCCAAACUGAUCAACGACAGUGUACCUGAUACUAUUGACGAGCGUGUUAUGAACGUGCCUGGUAGAAAGAUCAAGAAGUUGAACGCCUUCCACAUGACGGAGAACAACAACAUUGUUAUUGAAUCCGCCAAAGGUAUUGGCUGCUCAGUUGUCAACAUCGGCAGCGGUGAUAUCAUCGAGGUCAGAGAGCACUUGAUCCUGGGUUUGAUCUGGCAGGUCAUUCGGAGAGGUCUUCUGGGCAAGAUCGAUAUCAAGCUUCACCCUGAGCUGUACAGAUUGCUUGAAGAGGACGAGACGCUCGAGCAAUUCCUUCGUCUACCUCCGGAGCAGAUUCUCCUGAGAUGGUUCAACUAUCAUCUCAAGGCUGCAAACUGGCCCCGCAGAGUACAGAACUUCUCGACUGACGUUAAGGAUGGUGAGAACUAUGCAGUACUGCUGGCUCAGAUUGGCCACGAGUAUGGUUGCAGCCGAGCUCCUCUCCAGACUCGGGAUCUGCUUCAGAGGGCGGAAGAGGUUCUGCAAGACGCCGACAAGCUGAGCUGCCGAAAGUUCUUGUCUCCCUCAUCUCUGGUUGCCGGUAACCCCAAGCUUAAUCUUGCUUUCGUAGCCAACUUAUUCAACACUCACCCCUGCCUCGACCCAAUCACAGAAGAGGAGAAGCUCGAGGUUGAGGACUUCGAUGCUGAAGGCGAGCGUGAGGCCAGAGUCUUCACCCUGUGGCUCAACAGCUUGGACGUCCAACCUGCUGUUGUGUCAUUUUUCGAUGAUCUGCGCGACGGCACUAUUCUUCUUCAGGCCUACGACAAAGUCAUCAAGGGAUCAGUGAACUGGCGGCAUGCGAACAAGCGGCCUGCUCACGGUGGCGAGGUCAUGAGGUUCAAGGCUGUGGAGAACACAAACUAUGUCGUCGAGCUCGGCAAGCAGCACGGUUUCUCUCUGGUCGGCAUUCAGGGCGCUGAUAUAACCGACGGUGUGAAACUCCUGACACUUGGACUCGUGUGGCAGCUCAUGAGGAAGGACAUCACAUUGACUCUCUCGGCACUUGCACAACGUUUGGGCAAGCGUGAGAUGUCUGAUGCUGAAAUGGUCAGAUGGGCCAACGAUCAAAGCAAGAAGGGUGGCCGGAAUUCAUCGGUCCGAUCUUUCAAGGACCCUGCCAUUGCCAGUGGUGUUUUCUUGUUGGAUGUCCUCAACGGUAUGAAGAGCAGCUACGUUGACUACGACUUGGUCACUCCUGGUCAGACCGACGACGAUGCGUACAUGAAUGCCAAACUAGCCAUUAGUAUAGCAAGAAAGUUGGGCGCUACCAUCUGGCUGGUGCCCGAGGAUAUCUGCCAAGUCCGCAGCAGACUUGUCACGACUUUCAUCGGUUCUCUGAUGGCCACCUCCGAGAAAAUGCAGUGAUUGAGUGCGAGGGAACCCGACUGCUGGCACAGCAAGUAAAAAUGGUUUGUUAGGAAACUACGUGGUUUUCCAAGUUUGUGAGGUUCAGCCUGUUCAGCCGUCAUAGUAUUAAAAAAUUACUCUUACCAAGCUAUGCAUGUUUCUACGGAAGCAGUCACAACAAGCCAAAUGCCGUGAAAUAGUGCAAGCUCAUGCAAUUAACAGGCUCCGUAAUGCC